AUGCCGGGUUGCCAGAACCUUGUCGCCAUCGCGUUUGAGAAUUGGCAGUCAUUCAUUGCACACCACUUCGCCCACGCCUCGGGCCCCGACAUUCGUCGACCGACGACCAACCUAAUACCAGCAGCCGCCAUCUCGUUCAACCCGGCUCCAGCGGCGAAUCUAGAUCUGUCGCAAUUGGGUCGCAUAGCAUUCGCAGGCGACUUCUCGGGCAUAUCUUUGUACCAAUACGAGGAGCAGAAUGAGCAGCUCUACAGCACAAACGGCAGCGAAUCGCUGCUCGCGCGACUGCCCAAUGGCGCGUUUGCCUCAAUUGUGGCGACCGAUGCCAUGAUCCAGACCAUGUGCACAUUUAUAAUGGGCAACGGUUCGAUGGCUGGAGUCGUCAUUGGCGGGAAUUUCACCAGCCUGGGGCAGCUCGAGUCUACGGCGGUAGCGCUGUUCAAUCCGAACACAUCAACCAUUACGCCCCUGUCGGGAAUUUCCGGCCAAGUCAACGCGCUCCUCUGCGACCAAGACACGAACUCGGUGUACGUGGGCGGAAACUUUGUCGGGGCGAAUUCGACAAACGCGAUUGCGUGGGUAGGGACGCAGGGCUGGACGAAUCUGCCAUUCGCGGGGUUUAAUGGGCCUGUCACGUCUAUAACAAAGGCGUCUAACGGCCAUAUCAUUUUCGGCGGCAGCUUCACGGGUCUGGGCAACGCGUCCGCGCCCAGCACACCCGACGGCCAGAUUAUCAAUUUAUCGACGGCUACGAUAACCACCAGUUCUUCGACCACGGCGCAAGGAUUCAGCGACCCGAAGAACAUUGUUUGCAAGACUAGCGGCGCGGACGGGUCGGGAAAUACGUGGUUGCUGGAGGACAAUACCCCCGGGUUCUGGCAAGCAGAUUUCAAGUUUGGAUUCCAGCCCACCAAGCUGCGCCUCUACAACACGCACCAGGACGGCAGGGGUACCAAAACUUGGCGGUUCACGGCUCUUCCCAUCAACGGCAUCAUGAACUUCACCUAUAUCGACCCUGCAACCGGACAGAACGCGUCAUGCACCAGCGAGUGUCCCUUGAGCAACAACGCCUCUGUCAAGUUCCAGGACUUUCACUUCGUCAACGUUAUUGGCAUAAACGGGUUUCGUGUCGAUAUCUCCCAGUUCUACGGAUCUGGUGGAGGCCUUGACGCGAUAGAGCUGUUUGAGGACGACAUCUUCUCUUUUGCCGUCAACGACUUCAACGAGCCAACGUGCGCAGGGCUCGGCUUCCCGUCAUCUGCAACCCCCACCGGACCCUGGGUCGUUACCCCCUCUCGCUCGAGUACUGCAGACUAUUUGACGGCGCAGCUGUCUGACCCCAUAACAGAGUCUUCCGCCUCGGUCGUCUUUACGCCCGAUAUCAGGGAGUCUGGAAACUACUCUGUGAACCUCUACACCCCUGGCUGUCUCCAGGAUGGUUCUUGCGCCUCUCGCGGCCAGAUCUCCAUCACUGGCCAAAUGACUACCGAUCCGACAAAGAGUAGCCUUGACAGGACCCUCUUCCAAACAAACAACUACGACAAGUACGAUCAGAUUUACUUCGGCUUGAUCGACGCAAGCUCAGGCAGCUUUAGGCCCCGUGUCACGAUGACUCCUCUCGCCGGACAAUCUCUCACAAACAUGACAUUCGUUGCCCAGCGCGUUGGCUUCACCUUGAUUAACAGUACAGGUGGCCUGAACGGGCUCUUCGAAUAUACUCCGGGAAGCGCCGUGAAUACGAGCGACUUUAAGAGCUCGGCAUUCAACCGGCUGGGAGCGAGCUUUGAUGCUGGAUCUGCCGUCACUUCUCUGGCCACGUCUGGCGAUACUACCUUUGUCGCGGGAAACUUCACCUCCUCGACUGUUCGGAACAUUGUCGCUAUGAACGGUAAUGACGCCACGGUUCAGUCUCUGGAUGGUGGACUCAACGGCGAGGUCGAGUCCAUGUUCCUCAACGCAACCAGCCUGUUUGUUGGUGGGCGAUUUUCCAAAACCCUGGACAACACGACUGAGGGUUUGAACAACGCCGCCGUGUACGACACUCGAAAGAACACGUGGAGCCCGCUCGGUGCAGGAGUCAACGGCAGAGUCCUUCGCGUGGUUGGCCUGACCAUGAACGUCACUAGCUCGACUCCCGAGGUUGUCGUUAGUGUCAAUGGCGAGUUCAACAGUAUCGAGGCGUUUGGCAACAACUCGGCCGUUGCCGUCGACGGAUUUGCCAUCUGGGUGCCUUCCCAGGCGAACUGGUUGCAGAAUCUGGACCUGUCAGUUGAGCGGAUUGACGGCAUUCUCUCGACGUCGAUUUUGGAUGUGCCGGGCGACAACUCGCUCUAUGCAGGCUCGGUUUCGUCGUCGACUCUUGGUGUCACGGGUGUGGCGACUUUGUCUGAUGACCUAAACCGCCUCCCAGUCAAUAUCCAGUCUCCCUCAAUUUCUAGGUCCAGCAAUCUAGCCAAGCGCGACACCAUACCCUCCAAUACCACCACGGCCGGCGUUGUGACCGGCCUCUUCGAUACCAACAACGGCAGAAAUGUUACAAUUCUAGGCGGACAUUUCACCGCGACAGCCACCAAUGGGUCCGCAAUUCAUAACCUGCUCUUCCUCGACGGCUCCAAUAAUGACCAGGUUACUGGCAUUGAGACUCAAGUCACUCAAGACUCGAGCUUUGUCGCCUUGGCCGUGCAUGGGGACGUUCUCUUCGCCGGAGGCAAUGUGACGGGUGAUAUCAAUGGAGCCCGCGUCAAUGCACUGGUCACAUAUAAUCUCGCCAGCAAGUCUUUCAACGCGCAACCGCCCUCUCUGACGGGUGGUAACGGCACUGUCUCGUCCAUCGCCAUCCGCACAAGCACCGGCGAUGUCUACGUCGGUGGUUCGUUCAAGACGGCCGGGUCGCUCGGUUGCCCUGGAGUCUGCUUUUUCAGCACGGCGAAUUCGCAAUGGAACCAGCCUGGGCAAAAUCUCGACGGAGCCGUCAACUCUCUAAUGUGGACUACUGACACCAUCCUGCUGGCUGGAGGCAAUCUCACAGUCAACGACACCUCCUCGACGUUCCUCGCCCAAUACGACACCAGCAAGCAGGUGUGGGACAGCUAUCCUGGAUCAAGUCAGCUCCUUGGGCCGGUUGAUGUCCUCGCGGUUGGGACAAGCGAUGGAAGCCAGCUCUGGGCGGCCGGAACUGCCUUGAAUGGGUCAGCCUACCUGAUGAAGUAUGACGGAUCGAAUUGGCAAUCGGCCGGACAGUCUCUCCAGCCAGACACCGACAUCCGUGGCCUGCAGAUCUUCUCUCUCACCUCAUCGCACGGCUCGACGGCCACUGUCGACUCUAAUCAGGCCCUCGUGCUCACCGGGUCGAUUGUACUUGUAGGCUUUGGGACCGCAUCGGCAGUCAUCUUCGACGGCACGGACUUCCGCCCAUAUGCGCUUACCACCAACUCUGGAAAUACGGCGGGCUCGAUAUCACACAUAUUUACGGAGCGGAACAACUUCUUCAGCUCAAGCAGCAGCCAGCUGCCGCUUGUAUUCGUUGUGUUGAUUGGCCUGGGGAUAUCACUUGCACUGAUGCUCCUCAUCGUGCUCGCUGGCCUGUUCCUCGACCGACUCCGCAAACGGCGCGAGGGCUACGUCCCGGCGCCCACGUCGAUGAUCGAUCGAGGCAGCGGCAUGCAGCGGAUACCACCGCAGGAGCUUCUCCAGAGCCUGAGCAAGGGCCGACCAGGGGCGCCGCACGUGUGA